GAUAUUGUUUAGAAAUCCUAUUAAAUACUUUACCCAAAACAAAAAACAAAAAUAUUUUAAAUACUACAAAUAGGUUUCCUGAAUUUUCCACGUGCGGAAGGAUCUUUUUGUCCCGAGCGUGGCGGCUGGUGAUUUGUUGCGAAUUUGAUUGACAGGCAAAGAGAGUUAAUCAGCGCAAGCCACAAUUCGACCAAGAAGCUGACGCGGAAAACUAGAACAGUACUGGGGGUUUUUUCACAACCGGCAUGUAAAUACCUCUUCAUUGCAUUUUGCAUAGAUAACGCUAACUUAGAUUUAAUGUUAGGAGCGGCUAAUUUAGAUGUGUCCGAACCUUGCAGCACUUUGAUAUUAGAGGGAAGCUUGCUUGCGAGUGGCUGAAGCGUUUGUCCUGAUAUGAAACUGGGUCUUAAGUGAUUGGCUGAGAUGCUGUCCACCGGUCCAGAGCCACGGCUACUACGGCUUUUGUCUUGUGUAACUCUUGUUUUACUUUUCCAAGUCACCAACGCGAAGAGGGAUUUAAAAAGCGCCUGUAACACCUGCCAGGAAAUAACUGAUAAGUUCAACAAGGGCUUUGACAGAACAGCAAAGCAGAACUUUGGCGGAGGCAAUACAGCCUGGGAGGAGAGGAAAUUGUCUAAAUAUGAGACAAGUGAAAUUCGUCUGAUGGAAAUCGUGGAGGGACUGUGUGAAAGCAGCAGCUUUGAGUGCAACCGCAUGGUAGAGGAGCACGAAGAGCUUUUUGAGACUUGGUGGUUCAAGAGGAAAACAAAACAUCCUGAUCUGCAUAAAUGGUUCUGCAUUGAAACCAUCAAAGUGUGCUGUCCAAAGGGAACAUUUGGAUCUGACUGCAAUGCCUGUGUGGGGGGCUCUGAGAGACCGUGUAACGGAAAUGGAAUGUGUGAUGGCGACGGGACUCGCGGAGGGAAUGGAAAGUGCAGCUGUGUCCACGGCUACCAAGGGGAGUUUUGCCUCGACUGCAUUGACGGCUACUUCUACGAAGUGAGGAACGACACCUUCUCCCUUUGCACAGAAUGCCACUCUUCUUGCAAAACGUGUACUGGAGCAUCCAAUCAGGACUGUGAUGAGUGCAAGGACGGCUGGGAGGAGGACGACCAGGAAACUUGUGUUGAUGUGAAUGAGUGCUCCAAAGACCCUUCUCCAUGUGAAGAAGAUCAAUACUGCCUUAACACAGAAGGCUCCUAUUCCUGCAAGGCUUGUGAGAAAGUUUGCUUGGGCUGCACUGGAGCCGGUCCUGAUAAUUGCCAGGCUUGUGCCAGCGGGUACCAGGAGGCAGAGGGCACCUGCACAGAUAUUGAUGAGUGUUCGCAGUCAGAUUCUGUAUGCACAAAGGAGCACCAGAAGUGCGUCAACACUAAAGGCAGCUACAUGUGCAUCUGUCCGGGUGGCUUUGAGGAGCAAGAUGGCGAGUGUAUCCAAACAGCACAGCCAGAAACAUUGGAGGAGUCAGAAACAUCCGAGACGACCACAAGUCCACAUGGAGAGCUUUGAUGUCAAAACUGGGACCAUUGAACUGGUGAAAUUUGAAAAAUCUGAAGCUACUCUUUUUUUUUAAAUUGUCGACUACAUGCACUUAUGUACCAGAUUAACCUAGAACCAACAAAAAAACACUGCCAAGACAGUGUUUUCCAGCAGUAGAUCAUGGAUUAAAGGACAAGAAAAGAGACAUUUUUUGCUCUCAGUAUGCUGGCCUUCGUUGCUUUUUUUUUUCUCUAGUGUGCGGAAACUACCACUUGUUGUCUUUUUUUGUUGUAUGGUUUUAAGAAUUAAAGGUGUUUCAAUAAAGGUUAAUGUUGAAUUUAAGAUAAA